AAAUAAUGCAUAUGAAUAUGAACAAGACCGCAGGCUUUGCUCGCGCCAUCAUCAAGUGCCCGUGGUAUAUUGCGCGAAUAAGAGGAGUAGCAGCAGAGCAUCACAAGCAAAUGCCUAGCAAUUGCAGAGCAAAAUGGGGGAGAAUUUAGAGGUGACUCAAAUGGAAACCCAACCACAAAACUUACAGGGGUUAGAAAUCCAAUCCCAAAACUAUGAGGAGAGUGAAAUCCAACCCAAAAUCUCCGAGGAGAAUGAUUCCCAGCACAAAAACUUCGAUGCGAGGGAAACCCAAAUCCAAAAGCCGAAGGAGAGAGAAACCCAACACCGCAGCUCCAAUUGGGGAGACGCCCAAUAUCAAAACUCAGAGGAGAGAGAAAUCCAAAUCCCAAACUCCACUGAGAGAGAAAACAACCACCUAGACUCCAAUGGGAGUGAAACCCAAAUCGAAAACUCCAGUGCGAGAGAAACACAAAUCCGAAACUUCGAGGAGAGAGAAGGACUGCCGCAAAAGACUGAGGAGAGAGAAACCCAACACCAAAGCUCCAAGGAUGAAGAAACUCAACACCAAAAAUCAAAGGGAACUGGGGAGAUGGAUGCUGAAUUCUUUAGUUGUCUCCUUCAACCUAUCAUUUCCAAUGUUGAUCCUUCUUAUGUGGCCAUGCGUCGCCUACUCCUUUCCAGAAAGGUUGCUUCUGGUUGUGAUCAACGCAAGGAUUGGAAAUGUAAUGGCAGAGGUUAUGUGGCCUUUCGCAACUACAUUCAGCAACGAAAAAAUGGGGAAAGUUUGCAUGUACCAAGCCAACCAAGUACUCCUGGUCAAAGUGGGCGCUGGGGAUCAUCUCCUGGUCUGCAGUCUAUCCUUUAUGAGGCGGAAAGUUUGGGCUCUAGCAGGGAUUUGCAAGGCUUUAAUUCUGCUCUUAGCCAUUGUACAAGUUUUAGCUCCACUUUGAGUGAAUCUGAUCGCCCUCUUCGCUUUGCGGAACCUGCAUAUUCUUUUGUAGGGAUGCAUUGUAUCUUUGACAAUUGCAAAGCAUCAGUUACUAUAUUGAAAUUUGGGCACAUGAGCUCAGACACUCUUGCAUAUGGCGCUUCUGAUGGUAGCUUGACUGUUUGCACUGUUUCACAACCUCCUGCCAUAAUUCAACAAUUGAAGGGCCACUCAAAAGAUGUCACAGAUUUUGCUUUUUCAUCCAACAAUCAGUACAUAGCUUCGGCAUCAAUGGAUAAAACAGUUAGAAUUUGGGAGAUAUCAAAAGGGCUUUGUAUUAGAGUAAUAUAUGGAGUUUCUCCACAAUUAUGCAUUUGUUUCCACCCGGUCAACAAUAACUUCCUUACAGUGGGAACAGCAAACAAAGAAAUCACUGUGAUCAAUUUUAGUACAGGACGAGUAGUAAACAAGGCUGUCUUUGGGAAUGCGAUUACUGCAAUGGACAAUGACCAUACUGGUCAGCUUAUUUUUGCUGGUGAUGCUCAGGGUUUUAUAUAUUCUAUCAGUAUGAACUCACAUACAGGUGCAUUAUCAAAGACCCAUCGAAAUCGUAACAACACGCGCACUUCUCCCAUUACCACUGUGCAAUAUCGUACCUUUUCACUGUUGGCACGGGGUCCUGUUCUUCUUGCUUGUAGUCAAGAUGGCAGUCUCUUUUUCUUCAGCGUUGCUUUAGAAAUACAGGGUUACUUAACCCUGCGGUGCUCACUCAAAUUGGCUCCUCGGGUACACAAUAUACAUGCUUCCUUUUGUCCAUUGCUUUCCCUAGAGAAAGGAGAGUUUGUAGUCUCUGGGAGUGAGGACUCGAAUGUAUACUUCUAUGACCUGACUCGUCCAAAGCACAUAUGUGUGAACAAGCUGCAGGGACAUGGUUCUCCAGUCAUAGGUAUAGCUUGGAAUCAUGGGGAGAAUCUGUUAGCCUCCUCUGAUUCAGAUGGGACCGUAAUUGUUUGGAAGAGAGAGAAAGUUGGUAGUAGAUAACCAGCAUAAACUCAAACAAGGACAGCAUGGUGAAAGAAGAAUGUCAGAUACUGAGAAAGAGAUCUGAUUGGGGUGAGGAUCCAAAGUUCAAACUCUUGCCCACGUACCCGAAGGAAUAAAUUGGGAGUACCUUUUUUUUUCUUACCAGACCCACAAAAUUGAAUGUUUCAGUUAUAACUGCUUUCCAGCAGAGCUAAAAGAAAGCAAAAAAAAAAGGAAAAUGAUGGGAAGUUUGAUAAAGAGAAAAUGAUGGCAAGUUUGAUAUAGAUUCAAAUUGAGAUUUGGGCAUUAUCUUGAUUACAAGUCGACGUCCUGAGGUUGAGUCCCACAAAGAAAAAGACUCAAGUCUGUUUCCAACAACGAAUUGCUUGGAAGAAGAUCGUGCUUGGUCAGUUUGUUGAGAAUAAAUGUUGAUUUCCCAGAAGAAUGUUAUAUUGUGAUCCUCUAGGAAUUGAACUCAAGAGGAGCAUGUAAAGAAUGCCUGGUGGGCUUUAGGGUUUGCAUGCUGUUGCAUAAGAGUGUGUAUGUGUAUUUGUGUGCGCGUGUGUGUUGAAAAAUGUACCUCUUACCCGGUAACAAAAAAUUAAUAACUGUCAUGUUUUUUGAAUAUUAACUUGGACUGGAAGUUAAUAACAGAUUGCUUGUUAUUUUA